GGCGGCGGCGGCGGCGGCUUCGGCAGCGGCGGCGGCUGCGAGGCGAGGCGAGGCGAAGCGAAGAGAGGCGAGGCGAAGCGAAGAGAGGCGAGGCUGCGGGGCGCCUGUGCCGCUCAGCCGGCGGCGGGUAGAGGUGUGAGGGCGGCCGGGGACCUGAGCGGGAGCCGGGCCGGUGUGGCCGCCGCCGCCACCAUGCAGGAAAUCAUCGCCAGCGUGGACCACAUCAAGUUCGACUUGGAGAUCGCCGUGGAGCAGCAGCUCGGGGCGCAGCCGCUGCCCUUCCCCGGCAUGGACAAGUCAGGGGCUGCUGUCUGCGAAUUCUUUUUGAAAGCUGCCUGUGGCAAAGGGGGCAUGUGCCCGUUCCGCCACAUCAGUGGUGAGAAGACGGUGGUGUGCAAACACUGGCUGCGGGGGCUGUGCAAGAAGGGGGACCAGUGCGAGUUCCUGCACGAGUACGACAUGACCAAGAUGCCCGAGUGCUACUUCUACUCCAAGUUCGGGGAGUGCAGCAACAAGGAGUGCCCAUUCCUGCACAUCGACCCCGAGUCCAAGAUCAAGGACUGCCCGUGGUAUGACCGCGGCUUCUGCAAGCACGGCCCCCUGUGCAGGCACCGGCACACGCGGAGAGUCAUCUGUGUCAAUUACCUCGUGGGAUUCUGCCCGGAGGGGCCCUCGUGUAAAUUCAUGCACCCUCGAUUUGAACUGCCGAUGGGAACCACCGAGCAGCCCCCGCUACCGCAGCAGACGCAACCACCCACAAAGCAAAGUAACAAUCCGCCAUUACAAAGGUCGUCCUCCUUGAUCCAGUUAACGAGUCAGAACUCUUCUCCCAACCAGCAGAGAACCCCGCAGGUCAUCGGGGUCAUGCAGAGUCAAAACAGCAGCGCCGGCAGCCGAGGACCCCGGCCACUGGAGCAGGUCACGUGCUACAAGGUGAGUCCUGGGGCCGGCGGGGGCGUCUUGCACAGGCCACGCCAUACCCUCCUUCCCCAGAGAGUUAGCUCAUGUUGAAGAAUGAAGACAUCUUUGUUUUUGCUAAUUGGAAGAGAAAAACGGGGCCACUCCGGUGAGCUAGACCAUGCCACUUCCACGACACACUAAGGCCAGGUUAACAACUAAACCCCUGCUGUUGAGUGAACAGACUGCGCACGCAAAAAAGGGAUGGCAGUCUUCCAGAGCCCAGGAACGGAGUGAGCCCUGAACCUCUGGGGGAGGCGGGGUCCUCACACCCGUGGCGCACCCGAGGGAAAGGGGCAGAGCCUUAGAUCUGCCUGAUGAGGAGUCAGAUUAGGACACACACAGUGGGAUGUUCAGGGGAAGGGCACGCUUUUUAAAAAAAACUUACUAGAAAACUGGUCUCACUCUUGGCUCUGGGUGGAAAGUGGGGCGGGGGGAAUCCUUUCAGAGUUGGUCGUCACUGGUGGGCAAGCCCUUCCUCCUUGAGUUUGAGCCUUGGUGAGGGCCGAAAAGCCACAGGCCGAGUUUUCUAAUCUAAAACAGCCCCCUGGUAACUAGCUUCGAGAUAUUCUCAACCCAGCCGACACAGAAUUCCCACAAUGAGGUUUCCCCAGAAGAGAGCUCGUGACUAAAAGUAUAGAAGGCAACAAGCACCGGCUAGUGAGUCAGCAGGAACGGCCAACAGAACUAGGUUCACAGAGGCUUCAGACUGGGGGGUUAGAUGGAAGACGGCAUUAGUACAGGCUUCUUGUGAAGACUUCCAGAAGGUGCAGAAGAGUGGGGGCGCACAGUGGGUGCUGCCCUUUACCCCGCCUUUCCUGAGGGCAGCCACCGGCCUUGACCAUUCGCCGCCACGCUGUUUGCUGUGCCCUCCACACUCGCAGCUCCUAGAGGAGCUCCACUCGGAGACGUGCUCCUCUGAACUUCCUCACACCAGCACAAGGACAGGGCAGCUUUUAAUGUAAAUAGGGCCCUCGGGUGCAGUGUCCUCUGAUCCCUUUUACCUUACAUUCUGAGUCUGUGUCAUGAUAAUUACUCCAGUGUAUUUCACUGGCUGCGUAAUUUUACUAGUUCUCUGUUGGUAGUUUUAGUUUUCACUGCUAAAAACAGCACUGAGCCUGACUGACGGGUGAGCUCUCGUCUGGUGUCUGGAGCACCCACAAGUAGAAGGGCCGAGUCAAAAACUAUACGCUUAUAUUGUUUCUGGAACUUGCCUUCAGGAAGGUCUGAGUCACUAUGGCCAUCAGACACUCACUGAGCACCUCCUCUGCCGUCGCUCCUUCCCAGGAGGGGUCUCUGUUCUGAAGGAGGGGCAGGCAGGUGCCCAGACACCAAAGUUAUGAGUGCCCACGUGUGUAGGGAAGG